GUCUUCCUGUUCAUUGCGCUGCCAGGAAUGGACAUCUGGAAGUAGUCAAGUAUCUACUAGAUCUCCAACCCGACACGAUCUCUGCAAAGAACAAUAAUGGGAGGACUCCUCUUGGUGAAGCAGUGUGCGCUGGGGAAGCAGGCUGUGUACCUUACUUGCUGGACAUCACCUGGGCUAUGCUUCCAUACGAUGAGGCCAAGGAGAUCGUGGAGGAAGUCGAGAGAAUAGCUGAAAAGAAGGAAAGAAUGCCAAUAUUGGACUUGGUCAAGACCAGCUUGACAUGUGCAGAGUUUGGUAUUGUGCGCUACAACCAUCCUACUGAACUGAUUACCAAUGUGUGUGGAGCAGAAGGUUCAGGAAAAUCUACCUUCAUUGCAUCCUUUACAGCAAAAGGUUUCUUCAAUAAACUACUACGCAAGGAGCAUCAACCGGACAUGAAGGCAAAAGAUUUAGCAUCCCCAACAAAGGGAAUUGAAGAAACCAUGUGCAAGCAUUCGCAGGUGAACGUGCGUUUUCGCGACUUUGCAGGCCACGACCAUUAUUCUGCGUCACACGACUUAUUUGCUGUUGCCAUGACAGCACCAUCUGUUGCCACGAUCGUGGUGGAUGGCACAGAGUCGGUUGAAGAGAUCACGAAACGUGUCAGUGCAACUGCUGCUAGUUAUGCGUGUAGACAAUCAACAUCUGAUGAUGGUUCUGAACUGGAUGGCCAACAGCAGCAACCAUUGCCAAUGCAGCUGCAGUCGCAAUUACACACACAACAGGCAGGUGGGCACCAGCGGAAACUAGACGUUGUGGCUAUUGCUACACGUGCAGAUCUGCUUACUCCUUUCCAACGCAACCAAGUAGAAAGGGCCGUUGUGGAAGGGAUGAAAUCAUGUUCACAGCGUUUGGAGCUUGCCUUUGUGAGAGUAGUUGAUGCCAGAAAUUCCAGCAGUUCCAGUAUGAACGAGCUGAGGAGAGCAUUCCUACACUUGGUGCACAAAGUACUGGCGGUAAGAGCUAUGGACACAGUCGCAGCUACAGAGUCAUCCUUAUCCGAAACAUGCCAAGCGGCCGUACCAGGAAGCAUAGCUGAGGCAGCAGCAGCCACAGCAACACCUACUGUCUCUGUGGCAGAUACAGUGUCGUCCACAGUAGGCGCUACGGCAGAUACUGUGACACAUGAAGCAGCCGCUACGACCACACUCGCAGACAACUUGGCGCACACAGUAGCCGCUACGGCAGAAGUCACAGCAGUCGCUACAGGAACAGUCGCAGACACAAUGAUGCAAACAGCAAGAGCCAUGGACACAGUCACAGCUAGAGAGUCAUCCACAUCAGAAACAUGUCAAGUGGCCGUAACAGGAAGCACAGCUGAGGCAGCAGCAGCCACAGCAACACCUACGGUCUCUGUGGCAGAUACAGUGUCGUCCAAAGUAGCCGCUAUGGCAGAAGUCCCAGCAGCCGCUACAGGAACAGUCGCAGACACAAUGCCGCAAACGGCAACGGCCAUGGGCACAGUCGCAGCUACAGCGUCAUCCACAUCAGAAACAUGCCAAGCGGCCGUAGCAGGAAGCACAGCUGAGGCAGCAGCAGCCACAGCAACACCUACGGUCUCUGUGGCAGAUACAGUGUCGUCCACAGUAGCCGCUACGGCAGAAGUCACAACAGCCGCUACAGCAACAGUCGCAGACACAAUGAUGCAAACGGCAACAGCCAUGGACACAGUCGCAGCUAGAGAGUCAUCCACAUCAGAAACAUGCCAAGUGGCCGUAACAAGAAGCACAGCUGAGGCAGCAGCACCCACAGCAACACCUACGGUCUCUGUUGCAGAUACAGUGUCGUCCACAGUAGCCACUACAGCAGAAGUCACAGCAGCCGCUACAGGAACAGUCGCAGACACAAUGAUGCAAAUGGAAACCGCCAUGGACACAGUCGCAGCUAGAGAGUUAUCCACUUCGAAAACAUCCCAAACGGCCGUAACAGGAAGCACAGGACCCGCGGAGGCAGUUGUCGAUUUGGCCGGCCAUACCACAGCCUUCCAUGCUUUGUCCGCGGUAUGGAGAGGACGCCUGACCACCUCAGCUGCCAACACUCGUUGGUGGUCAAAGAGUUGGUCCGGUGAUGCCCUGGCUAACCGCAUCGGUUCCGCCGCACCCGUAACUCUUCUGCUUUUAACCAAUGCUGAAACAGCAGCAGCAGACACAGCAGGUCAUGCAGACUACGAGGCAGAUGCAGUUGCACCCGCAGCAGCCACUACAGCAGCAGUCGCAGACACAACAGCAGCAGCCAUGGGCACAGCCGCAGCUAGAGAGUCAUCCACAUCAGAAACAUGCCAAGCGGCUGUAACAGGAAUCAUAGACAAUCCGUUCGACACUGGUACUUUCACUAGUCGCAUACUUCCAAAGUUAUGCGAAAUACCCUGUGCAAUGUUUCGCAGGAGUGUUCAGAAGCAGGGUCUACUGCACAGUAUGGCAGAAAUCAAUGAAUUGAUGCGCACAGAAAAGUACGAGCCAGUAGAAAACCAUAAUUUCAAGAUCAUCGGAUACAUCCAUCCUGGAGGAGUGGAUUCCUACAAAAAGCUCUGUGCAGCCAUCAAAGGCCUGAAGUAUGAAGUUUUGUACAGAGAGAUGAUCAUACUGCUUCCUGCUGUCCGUCAGCCUAGAGAUGAUUGACCCACACUGGCUGCUCACAGUGCUACGAGUUUAUGAUGUGGAUGAUCAUCAUCGUCAGUGACAGCAGCAUCACCAGUACCAGCCACAGCAGCAGCAGCAGCAACAACAAAAACAGCAACAGCAGAAGUAGCAGCAGCAACAGCAGCAACAGUAGUAGCAGCAGCACAAGCAUACUCGUGACCUAAUUCUCAGGUACACCACUUUGUGUGUUUCCUGCUCUGGCGCAACUAUGUACACACACUGUACAACUAUGUACACACACUGUACAACUAUGUACACACACUGUACAACUAUGUACACACACUGUACAACUAUGUACACACACUGUACAACUAUGUACACACACUGUACAACUAUGUACACACACUGUACAACUAUCUGCUGAGCUAGUGGUUGCGGAAGCAGGUGUUCUUGCCAUUUAAUAGCUCUAUUGCUACCCUUUGUUAUUUUUUCUUCCUGCCAUUUAUUUCCUUUCCUCCUACGCUGCUUUCCUUCCAUAUUCGCCUUUAUGUCAUUGGGCCAGUACAGGUUUGAUUGUACAACUAUGUACUGUACACACACUGAACAAGGCAGAGGAGAUUUGUUUUUUCCGUUUGGUUUUCGAUACGAGAAAUAAUCUUCGCUCAUUUGUUCAGUUGCAUAAUAUUUCUGCAUAAUAUUUCUGCAUUUUUUAUUUUUUUCUCUUAUCUCAGUAGUUGUUGCAGUUAUGCUAGGGUUUACCGGGUGUUAGCGGCCGUCGUGAGUUCCCUUCGGGAACGGACACGAUGAUUUACUUUUUUUUCACUUUUUAUCAUCCUAGUCAACCUGGGACAACUUCAGUAGACCAUAUUUGUAAGUGGAUUGAUCAAGAUCUGCCUCCACUGUUCCGUACAUUCUAAAUUCUCUCGGCUGGAGAUCUGUUCUCUGUUCUGCCUCUUGGGCCUUCAAACUGCAUUUACGGCUACGUAAUGGUGUUUAGAUUGGCGUGUGAGCAACACUGGCUCACACUCAAUCACUGCUUUUCUCAAAUUUAUUUAAGAAAAAAAUUCAAUUCCACGUUUCGGUCAUAAAAUAACCAUCAUCAGGAAAUGGUGGUGUUUGUUUGUUUAGCUCUAUUUUUACUUCACCAUAAGCACAGGCAAAAUCUGCCUUCUCACUGUGUUCAUGACGGUAACACAACACAGAAGUGUCACUGCUGCUGUUUGUGGAGCACUUUUCACAGUGUGUUUCUUUGUGUUAUUUCUUGCUGUUUCCUGCUUCCUCUUCUGUCCUUUUUGCUAGCCACUGCCAUAAGCCAUCGGCUGAUUAUCUUUUUUUCCUUCUCUGCUACAUUAGAUAUGUAGACCGUCAAUUUUAUGUUUCAAACUCCAUGUUGUUGUCUCUCCUCCCCUCCCCCCCCCCCCCACACACACACACUCACACCCAUCAUUCCCAUCCCGUACCCAACCCCACGCAUACACACUACACCACGCCUCUACAUUAUCGUGCUAUUGUUUUCAUUGAGUAGUCUUGGUCAUGCUAAUUACAAUAGAAAUCCCCUCCUGCUCUCCCACAUCUCUAUUUCAUCUCUCUUUACAAGUCAUGUUCCCUCUAGUAUUAAACUAUUAUUCUCAGGAGAGAGUAGUGUUUGGUUAUAAUAUUUUUCGAUCUUUUUUGAUUUUCCCUCUAACGAAAAUGACUGUUAGUAACGAUAGGGUAAUUUUAGAUGUUUUGCGAGAGUUGGCAGUCUCGGAGGGCCGGCUGUCAGUGAUUUGGAGAUGAUGUUGGACAGGACACUGCCCAUGUAUUCUCCUGGCAUGUUUUUUUUGUUUUGUCACAGGUGUUAUAUUGUUUUGGUUUUUACAUUGAUUUUGUAUGUGGAAACAAGGGGAUUACGGAUUUUUGACUCUUUCCUCUACCAAAUGCCACUGUUUACACAUGUAUUUGUUUUCAUUUUUUGGUGUUGUGUUCUAGUCAUUCAUCAUGCCACCGUGAAUUGUAUUCUGUUUGCCCGUAAAAGAGGCGUGUGUUUUAUUGA